AUGACCACGGCUUUGAAAAGAGCAAUAACUGACCAAUCUUUCCUCAAUAGUCGUGGUGUUGCCGGCAACAAGCUGAAGAUGACGCUCGGUCUGCCUUGCGGCGCCGUCCUCAACUGCUGCGACAACUCCGGUGCCCGUAACCUCUACAUCAUCUCCGUCAAGGGUAUCGGUGCGCGCCUGAACCGUCUCCCCGCCGCCGGUGUCGGUGACAUGGUCAUGGCCACCGUCAAGAAGGGAAAGCCCGAGCUCCGUAAGAAGGUCAUGCCCGCUGUCGUUGUCCGCCAGAGCAAGCCCUGGCGCCGACCUGACGGCAUCUACCUCUACUUCGAGGACAAUGCCGGUGUUAUCGUCAACGCCAAGGGUGAAAUGAAGGGUUCCGCCAUUACCGGCCCCGUCGGUAAGGAGGCUGCUGAGCUUUGGCCUCGUAUUGCCUCCAACUCCGGUGUUGUUAUGUAA